AGAGAGGGGUGGCGCGAGGGGCGGAGCACCGCUUCUGCAGAGGACACCGAUCGCUCUCAUCCUGCAGGUCUGACUUCUGCCAAAAUGAGCGGUCUGGAUGAGGGCGACAUCCCUUCUGUCGCUAAAACCUGCGGUCUCACAACUCCUGAUCGUGCCCCGGGACAUCCGGACCUAAACCAGCGCCAGAGCGAGGAAACAGAGGCGACAGAGGGGAUGGCGCACACAGGUGAGGGCAGCGUGCAGACCUCUGCGGAGGGAGGCGCAUCCCGGGUCCCCUCCGGCUGUGGUCCUGUGCUCCGCAUUCGAGUCGCUGGGAGUCGUGGUGCAGCAAUAAAAGCAGGCCAGAGAGAGGCUCAGCCUCCCGCAGAGGGGCUGGAAGCAGCCUCUGCCUCCCCCUCGGUGGCUACCGACAAGAGCCAGGAAAAUGGCUGUCAGCCUAGAGAGCCGAGCGGCCCAGCCGGGGAGAAAGCUCUAGAAGCCUGUGACGCAGAGGGAUUGGGGUCUCAGAUGAUGCCUGGGGCUAAGGCCAAGGAAGUGAUGACAAAGAAGUGCGCCAUCUCAGCGACGGCGGAAAAGGAGGGAGUAGCAGAGGAGGUGGUGGAGGAAAAGAAGGUGAUACAGAAGGAGAAAAAGGUGGGAGGAGGAGUGAAAGAGGAGACGCGGGCCAGGCCCCCGAAGGUCAAUAACUGCAUGGACUCGCUGGAGGCCAUCGAUCAGGAGCUGUCAAACGUAAAUGCCCAGGCAGACAGGGCCUUCCUACAGCUAGAGCGCAAGUUUGGCCGAAUGCGAAGGCUCCAUAUGCAGCGCAGAAGUUUCAUUAUCCAAAAUAUCCCUGGUUUCUGGGUCACUGCCUUUCGGAACCACCCACAGCUGUCACCUAUGAUCAGUGGUCAAGAUGAAGACAUGAUGAGGUACAUGAUCAAUUUGGAGGUGGAGGAACUUAAACACCCUAGAGCAGGCUGCAAAUUCAAGUUCAUCUUUCAGAGCAAUCCCUACUUCCGAAAUGAGGGGCUUGUCAAGGAAUAUGAGCGCAGAUCCUCUGGCCGGGUGGUGUCUCUUUCCACUCCAAUCCGCUGGCACCGGGGCCAAGACCCCCAGUCCCAUAUCCACAGGAACCGCGAAGGAAACACUAUCCCCAGUUUCUUCAACUGGUUCUCAGACCACAGCCUCGUAGAAUUCGACAGGAUUGCUGAGAUUAUCAAAGCAGAACUGUGGCCCAAUCCCUUACAAUAUUACCUGAUGGGUGAAGGGCCCCGCAGAGGAAUUCGAGACCCAGUAAGGCAGCCAGUGGAGAGCCCGAGGUCCUUCAGGUUCCAGUCUGGCUAACUCCUGACCUGUGAGAAGCUUCUGCACAAGUUUCUUUACCACCUCCUCUUGGAUUCUAUGUUUAGCCAACAACAGCAUGCAAUCUUCCAUCUGCUUCCUCUUCAUACUGGAUUUUGUUCUUUGGUCCUUCUAAAUCUUCAGUCAGUUGCAAGAUGUGCUUAUAUGUCUAUGCUCUUCUUCCUCUGGGCCUUCUUGCUGUUCUGCAAAGUGUUACGUGUUCCAAGUGCAUGGCCUUCCACUGCUUCUGUGCCAAGCACACGAUGCUGUAGAUAUGCAAUGACUUCCUUUGCAUGCCUUGGGUGCUGUCUGUGAUGUUGGUCUUUUCCCAGGUUUUUAAGUGGUUAUCUUCCACAAGUUAACUUGAUAUAUAUCAUUGCAAAUACCUAGCUGGACUUCAUACUUUACGCUGGCUGUGCUCCUGAUACCCUGCGCUCUACGGCAAGAUCUUUGAGUUUCACCACUGCAAGAUGAAGCUGAUACAGAUGAUGCCAGCCAUCAACCCAAACUGGACAUUCCAGGCUACCACUAACUGGUUCCCAGCUGCCUUCCUGGGCCUGUGCCAUCCAGCCUGCUGGUUAUCUGGCAGAAUAAGCAGGUGGUUGGUAGGUGGCUACUAGGCAUGAAUGAGGUAUCAGAUGAGAGGUAUACUGUGUCAUGUUGAUCUUCUUAUACCUUUGUCACUGAGCAUUGUGACCAGGUACUGGUGAGUAUGAAAGCCUGGGCUGUGGCCUACCCAGACUGUUUUUAGCCUUUUGGAUAAGCUUUGCCCAGGUACCGUUGCCUGACUCCUCAGGAACUAUUUGUGACUGAAGCCCCAGGCAGCACACAGGACGCCUCCCACCCUAGGCCAAAUGGUUACACAUAAACCCAACUGGCUGUCAGGAAGGAUGGGCAGUCAUAAGUGACAGUGCCCAAAGCAAGGCUGGAACGGGGGUCCCUUCCAACAGCCUUUCUGAGUCCUGGCCAAUAAACCACCCUUAAUCUAGGCAACUUGGUUAGGCAUCCCUUUCCUAACCCCUCAUGUACCUAUUCUGAACAUGACAAACUUGCCAGGGUGGGGGCACUGAGGAAGGUAUAUUUCUGAACCAUCUCCCUGUCCCUGUCCCCCCUUCCUCUCUUCCUCCCUCCUUGUCUCAUAGCCCCCUUUCCUCUCCUCCUCCCUUCCUCAGAAACAAAUUUGGCAAAACAGUGUUUUUCUUUAAUUUGCUCUCCCCUUGAUUGUAUUCAGAGAGAAAGCUACUGUAUAAUAGAUAUUCCAGAUCUCAUUGCUCUCUUCUGCCCUCAUGCCUCCACCCCACUUCCUUUAGCAAGGUCUGAAUGUUUCAGAGGGAGACCUAUAGGUAAGUGGUUUAGUUAUGGGCAGUGUUCCUUCAGGCCAGCUUUGACAACCUCACCCUUUCUCCCUAUCUAUGUACCAAAACCUCCUGUGUGUAUUUUGAGAAGCUGAGAGGAGAGACAGAGGGCUUCACAGGGAUGGGUUCAAGAGAAACACAUAGCAGGUUAUGAUCGAAAGCAAUCAAAAAUUAGUUUGACUCUACUUUUUAAAGAUGGAAAUUCUUUUUUGGGGGCCCUGGGCCACUUAGUUAUACCCCAAGUCAGCAUUUUGUGGGUCACCCCUGUCUUUUGUACUAUUUUAUUAUAGCCCUGAUGUCUCAAGGGCCUCCAUCCUACUGCCUGGCCCUUCGUUCUCAGUCCUCAGCUUCCCCAUCUCUUUCCCUGCGUCUGUCCUAACAAAAGAGGGAGCAGGCUGCUGUCCGCAUUGUGGCAGAUGCCAAGUCUUCCUUCUAGGGGGUAAGGAGAUAUAUGGAGUCUAUCUGGAUUUUCAGACAAAGUUCUGUUAGGUGGGACAACAGUGCUUAUCAGGGCUGUCUUACUUAUGGAGGGGUAUGGUAGUGCUGAUAAUACCCACCCUUAUCCUUUCUCCUUUCUUUUGUAAGGCCUGGCCAUAAGCUCCCCAGGGCUUGGGUAGUCUGGGCACAGAGCAUUGGGGAGGGUGCUCUAGGCUGGAGAAACCGAAAGCCUGGAAGCAGAAAUGAGCCUGCUGUGGAGUGGGCUUGGACAGGCAGGCAGGAAAGACUGGAACCCUGCAGAGUCGGGGAGGAGGGGAUGCCCCAAGGCUCUUCCCAGGAGAGGUGGGAGAAUCAAAGUGGUUGAUAUUUAAAGAGGAUGCUUGGAAGAGGGUUUUCCCCCUAAUUUUUCCUGUAUCCUUGAAUUCACCAGACUUUUAUACACAUAAAUGCAAGUCAAGAUGUUUUCUCUCUAUUAUUCUAGGAGUGACCUUUUAUAUGUAAAAGAUUGAUGGUACAUGCUUCUUAUUUCACUGAGUAAAAUCCUGUUAAUUCCUUUUUCCUUUUUUGCUUGCUGGCAAAAUUGACAUUUAUAGGCCUGCUUUUUGCUUGUAAUUGAGAAUGUGUGCAAAAAUAUCAAACUUGUUUCCUGUGCAGUAUGGACUUCCGUGAAUAUUAAUAUAUCAGCUUGUUCUGGUCUCUCUUCAUAUAUACCUUGAUCCUUAGAAAUAUAAUUUGAAUAAUGUGAUCUUUGAAGGGUCUGGAAUUUAGCAAAUGUCGCUGUCUUGUGAAAGUAAUCUCAAGAAGAAAAACAUAACUUACUUGAUAUUUCUUGCCCUAGUAGUAAUGUGGUACUUGAUAAUUUAUGUUCCUAACCAAUAUGCUGGUAGAAUUGCUCUGUCAAACUAAACAAGGAUCCUUAGUACUUGUCUUAUCCUAUGUGCUCGAAGGAAAAGUAAAACCUGUCACUCUGUUGUAUUUCUUGUUUUCACCAAAAUAAAAAUUAAUAAAGUUC